AGCGUAAAGCGCCGUGAUCGUGGCUGCCCUUCACGUCCGUCCACAUCCUUCGAGCCUCUGCUCCCAAGCGCUGCACAACGAUGGCCCUGCUCAAGUCCAAUAAGGUGAUCUACUGCCUGGGGAACAUUUCCCCGUCCCUGGGAGUCCUCUCCACCCGCAACAGCUCAUGGUGGGGUGGCGUGCAGAUGGGUCCCCCCGAUCCCAUCCUGGGGGUGACCGAGGCGUUCAAGAGGGACACCAACCCCAAGAAGAUGAAUCUGGGAGUGGGAGCCUACAGGGAUGACCACGGCAAGCCCUUUGUGCUCAGCUGCGUCCGCAAGGCAGAGGAUAUUAUCACUGCCAAACACAUGGAUAAGGAGUACCUUCCCAUUGGAGGUUAUGGGGAGUUCUCAAAGUCCUGCGCCCAACUCGCUCUCGGUGCUGAUAGUGAAGUCUUGAAGAGCAGCAGGAACAUCACUGUCCAGACCAUCUCAGGAACUGGAUCCCUGCGCAUCGGAGCCAACUUUUUGGCUCGCUUCCAUGGAGGUCCACGUGACGUGUACCUGCCCAAGCCGUCCUGGGGAAACCACACCCCCAUCUUUAGAGACGCUGGCAUGCAGCUCAAGGCAUACAGAUACUAUGACCCAUCCACCUGCGGCUUUGACUUCAAAGGAGCUCUCGACGACAUCUCUAAAAUCCCCGAGCAAAGUGUGAUCAUGCUGCACGCUUGUGCCCACAACCCCACGGGUGUGGACCCCAAGCCUGAGCAGUGGAAGGAGAUUUCUGACAUUGUGAAGAAAAGGAACCUGCUGGUGUUUUUCGACAUGGCCUAUCAGGGCUUUGCGAGUGGAGACAUCGAUCGUGAUGCCUGGGCUGUGCGCUACUUCAUCGAGCAGGGCCACAACAUCCUGCUGUCCCAGUCCUUUGCCAAGAACAUGGGGCUCUAUGGUGAGCGUGUGGGCGGCUUCACUGUGGUGUGUAACGACACAGAGGAGGCAAAGAGAGUAGAGUCUCAACUUAAGAUCCUCAUCAGGCCCAUUUACUCCAACCCACCAAUGAACGGUGCCAGAAUUGCAGCAACCAUUCUCAAUACACCAGAUCUGCGCUCACUGUGGCUGGAGGAGGUUCAUUUUAUGGCCAACCGCAUCAUUAAGAUGAGAGAACAGCUGGUGGCGGGUCUGAAAAAAGAGGGCUCCUCCCACAACUGGCAGCAUGUCAUCGACCAGAUUGGGAUGUUCUGCUUCACAGGCCUCAAACCGGAACAGGUCGAGCGCCUGACGAAGGAGUUUUCCGUGUACAUGACCAAAGAUGGCAGGAUUUCCAUGGCAGGCGUGACCUCUGGGAAUGUGGGCUACCUGGCACAGGGGAUCCAUGCGGUCACUAAGUAGAGCGGAUCCUGCUGGGAGAGCUACAUAAUCAAAGCAGCAGUGUUUACGAGGAGCAUUGCACUUAUUCACUGUCUCCUCCAUUCCACCGUCUAGAAAAGAGCUGUGUUUAGUUCGACAUGCUAUCAAUUAGAUUUCAUCAUGAGUUCAACUUGCCGCUAUCAAAAAGUGUUUAUUCAGUUAAAAAGACACCCCACGUUGUAAACGGUAUAUUUUCUCCCACUGACUGAUUAUCUUUGCUUAUUUAUUAUGUGGCAUCAACGAUUGGCUGUGUAUUGGCGUCCUCCUAAAUUUGUGCGGUUUAUCUGCAGCGGGCCCAAUCGCAUCUCAAAACCUGUUAAAAUAUAAUGGUGGCGUCGUAGCACUUUAAGUUUAAAGGCACUGUUAAAGUUUCAAGAUUAGGCCGGCAUUGUGUUUGCAUUGUGUUUUAAUUUGUUAAUCAGGAAAUCAAUCCACUAUCAUGCUAAUCUGCAGUGGUCAGUCUGAACUAAUCAAUGCUCCAGUAAUUUACUCCUUAUCUUUUGUUGGCACUUCCAAUCAUUCUUCUCCCUUCUAGUCUAGUUGCUGGCAGGGCGACAGUCCCUUUUUAACGCCUGAUACAAAUUCACAAGCCAAACACUGCUGGGCUGAAGCAAUCAAUACUCUGAAUGAAAUAAACAAUGGAGAUGUGUUUUACAUAUUCAACCAUAGCCCUAAAUUCAAAGCCUUAUUAAGAUUUGUAUUUCCAUCCUGCUGUCUUUGUUUGAUAGACCUGAGUGGAUUAAGUGAUCCUAGUUUGGGGAGUUGCUGGAGGAUUAUACACCUACUGCUCAUUCACUCAGACAUCACGUGUGCGUGUGUACAGUGAAUAAAUCUGUGGGAUUUCACCCCAGCCGUCUCAUACUUCUGAAACCUCUGGCAUUACGCCACUCUGUUUGCAUUCUGUCAUCUGUAAUCUUAUUGACCGAACAAUAAAUGGUUAUAGAAGAUUGA